GAAGGACUGGCGUGAAGCAGAGGAAGGGCAGACGACAACACUGUCCCCUAUGGUAGGCGGGGCGCUGUGGCCGGAGUGACCGCGUGGCCUCUGCGGCCGUGGCCUUGGACAGCGCUCUUCCUCCGCCGCUGCCUCGGUCAGCUCCGCGGUGGCACCGGCGCGGGGUCCCAGCAUCAGCUUGCCCGCCGCGCCCCCCCCACACCUGGGCUGCCUCUCUCGCUUCCGUCCCCACCUGUCCCAGGUCACCUGUCCUCCAGGCCCGGCCCGGCUGAGCCAGACCCCCACCAGCCCCUCUCCCUGCGGGGGGCGGGCGAGCGAGCGCCCGGGCCUCUGAAAUGGGGGCCAAGCCCCUUCCUCCCCCAGGGAGCAGGGUGUCGGCGCCGCGCGGGGGCCCCGGCGCGCGUCCGGCUCCGCCUCCCUUUCCCGGGGGAGCCCGCUCUCUCCGGGCCUCAGUUUGUCGGGCCGUGGCUGGGGGAGAGGCUGCAGGCGGCGGCGAGGAAGGCACGUCAACCGGGUCCCCCCUCGCUGGCUCCUGCAGCCGGAACCCGCGCCCGCGCCGGGGGGGGAGAACGACGGAAGGCCGGACACCCGGAGAGGGAGCCCGAGGGACAGAGCCGGGCAGGGCGCGCUGCGCGCGGCGGGAGCGGGACGCGGCCCCCGGCCGGCCCUCGACCUGCCCUUCCGGGGGCGGGGCUUGCGGGGGGCGGGGCGCCCCCAGGCGGGCGCGGGAGGGAGGGGAGCGGGCGCGCGUCGCCCGGGCCGGGAGGGGGCGCUCGAGAGGCGCACGGCCGCCCAGGGGAGCGCCCGGCCCGGACCCCUUUCCCCCCGCGCCCCGCCCCCGCCAGCCCCGCGCAGGUCUGGGGCAGGCCGGGGCGCCCCUGCGCUCGCCUCUCCAGCCUCCCCGAGGGGACAGUCCCCCCUACCCCCAGGCUCCGUCCCCCGACGGGGGCCGGCUCGGCGGAGGGACGCUGUGGCGGGGGCUGAGGGCGCCGCGGGCGGCCCUCGGGGCCCUGCGGACCUCGGGAAGGGCGCCCGUGCUUCCCGGGGCCGCCUCUGUUGGCGUGAUUCUCUUAUCACGGCAUCUAACCGCACUCGGGGGGCCGUCCCGGGCGGUGCGGUGCUGAAGAAUGCGCUGCCAUGCAGGGGCCGGGGGCUCGAGCCCCGCUCCCGGAAGAUCCCACGCGUGGCGGAGCGGCGGAGCCCGUGCGCCCCAGCGAAGAGGAGACGCCGCUCGCCGCCGCUCGCCGCCGCUCGGGGAGGCCCUCGCACAGCGGCGGAGACCCAGCGCAGCCAAUACAGAGGGUUUCUAAAAGAAGUAAAAGCUCUGAAAUCUGGUUAUUUACAUUAAAGAGAAAUGUCCCCAAACCUUGUGCAGCCAACCAGGCUUUAGGGGCUGGGGAUUUCGUGUCGGGGCAGCGCGGCCGAGAAUCCUGCCUCGGGGCCUUUCGCCCCAGCAGGUGACAGGAGUGGGAUGUUUUCUCCUGCCGGGCCGCCCUCCUCCCUCGCUGUCGAUCCGUCCCCCGGGCCCGUCCGUUCCUCCCCUGGGGUCAUUUACUUAAGACCCUCCGGCCAGCAGCCCACCAAGGGCAGACGGACCCCGUCCUGGGCCUGCCUCUCAGCACGUGAGGACAAAGUAUAGGAAGCGAGGUGCUCACGAUCAGGUUAACCCCUGAAUGUCCUUCUACCCUCGAGGGAGUCGGGGCUGUUGUACUCCAGGGUCGCCACAAGAGGGCGUCAAGAGCAACCCUUCCUGGCCGAGAGCCAGGAUUCCACCCGCGCGGAGCGCCCCCAGCCAGGCGCUGCCGUCACCUCCAUUCAAGCGCCGGAGGGUGCGUACAGGUGCGGGGCCGGAAAGCGGGUACCUCCAGCCUCACCAGGGCCGGGAAACAUCACAGGUGGUCGGUCCUUACUCUUCCUUUGGUACUCCCUCCUCUUACUGCGUUGGCCGGGCCUCCCGACGGCACACAGCAAAGGCCGGGCGCGGCCGGACACACGGCUCUCGCCUCCAGAUCCGUCCGUCUCCCGUGGACAAGGGCCCGCGGUGGAGGGCAGAAGGGGGGGGAGCAGAAUCGGAGGCUGGAGGCGAAGAUGGGCCCCAAGACCGACUGUGUGGGCUCAGAAGAGGGCCUCCAGGCCUGUCCCUGAAGAUACUCCUGUCCCCAGCCGGCGGCUCCACCGUGAGAGCUUUCAGCCUCAAAGGCCUUGAGCGCUUCCUGGGAGCCCUGUUAGGAGCCAGCGGGAGACAUGAGGCCCUUGACAGCUGACGCCUGGGGUGACAGCUCAUUAACAAGUGUCCCACGCUGCAGCCACCUUGCCCAGAUCAGCCUCUGCUAUCCUCCCGUGAUGCUGCCUCCCUGGUCCUCCUCCUUGGAAACUUGCACAAAGAGCUACAGCCAUUCCAUGGCCAGAAGAUGGAGGCACCAAGAUUUGGACACAAUAUACAUUUUUACACUGACACUUCUCUGGCCUGCUUCCUUUUUUUUCCUUAGUUUUAAUUUUAUUGUAGUAUAGUUGAUUUACAAUGUUGUGUUAAUUUCUUCUGUACAGGAAAGUGACCCAGAUAUAUAUAUAUAUAAAUUCUUUUUCAUAUUCUUUCCCACCAUGGUCUGUCACAGAAUACUGAAUAUAGUUCCCUGUGCUAUACAGUAGGACUUUGUUGUUUAUCCAUCCUAUAUACAAUAGUUUGUCUCUGCUAAUCCCAAACUCCCAUUCCCUCCCUCCCCUCCCCUCACUUGGCAACCACAAGUCUGUUCUCUAUAUCUGUGAGUUUGUUUUUGUUUCAUAGAUCUGUUGAUUUGUACCAUGUUUUAGAUUCCACAUAUAAGUGAUAUCAUAUUUAUACUUGUCUUUCUCUGUCUGGCUUACUUCAUUUAGUAGAAUAAUCUCUAGGUCCAUCCAUGUUGCUGCAGAUGGUAUUAUUUAAUCCUUUUUAAUGGCUGAGUAAUAUUCCAUUGUCUAUAUGUACCAAAGCUUCUUUAUCUGUACAUCUGUUGAUGAACAUUUAGGUUGUUUCUAUGUCUUGGCUAUUGUAAUGUUUCCCUUUUUUGAACCAUCAGACUGUGAAUUCAUCAGACUGUAAAUAUAGAUGGGAUCUUAUUCAUCUUGCUGACCCCAGAACCCAGCACUAGCACUGAGUGGAGAGUCUGCGGCUGGUGUCCAGGAGGCCUGGCAGGGCCUCUCUUCCCUUGCUGUGUGGUCUCUGGCCAGGCUCCCUUGCCCUUGUGCCUGGCCUGGGUGGGCGUGGCCAAGUGUGGGCAGGAGCCCGACAGUGGCAGCAGCAUGAGUGCCCCCCAGCCUGCCGUGCCAGAGCCGGGCCCAGCCCAGGAGGCUGGAGGCCCGGCAGGAAAGGCUAUGGUGGGUGCCCGGGAGAAGGGCCCUCGGCUGGGCCAGCGGCUGCCCUCAAUAGUGGUGGAGCCCAGCGAGGUGGGUGCCGUGGAGAGUGGGGAGCUGCGUUGGCCCCCGGAGGGCACCCAGAGGGGGUCCGCCCGGAGCCAGGCUGCUGCUGCCCCCUCACCGUGUCUUCUGGGAGCACCAGGGGAGGCUCCGGAUGACGCUGAGAGCAAGGGUGCCAGCUCCGAGGACCAGGCCCCCUGCACCCAGUGACAGCACAAGGCCAUGGCCAGAUUCUGCUCUCCCUGGGCUCUGACAGCUGAGAGGGCCUCAGCCCCAGAGCAGCUGGGCUGAGGCUUAGAGAGGCCCGGGCCUGCCCGGGCGCCCAGUGGGCAGAGCCGAGCCACCACCUCCUGCCUCACCAGGUCCACCAGCACCGCAGCCCCUGCUCUCUCCCGUCCCCGGCCCAGGGUCUGGACCACACCCCUCCUUGUUCUCUGGUUCUAAGCAGAAAUAAAGGCUCU